GCGCUGCCCCGUCACAGUGUGUGGAGAUGUGCACGGCCAGUUUCAUGACCUAAUGGAGCUCUUCAGAAUUGGAGGGAAGUCACCUGACACUAACUACCUGUUUAUGGGUGACUAUGUAGACAGAGGAUAUUACUCAGUGGAAACAGUCUCACUUCUUGUUGCACUAAAGGUUCGCUAUCCAGAACGCAUCACGAUAUUGCGGGGAAACCACGAGAGCAGACAGAUCACACAGGUGUAUGGUUUCUAUGACGAGUGCUUGAGGAAAUACGGCAACGCAAACGUUUGGAAAUAUUUCACAGACCUCUUUGACUACCUACCCCUCACAGCUCUGGUGGAUGGGCAGAUCUUCUGUCUGCACGGUGGCCUCUCUCCAUCCAUAGACACGCUGGAUCACAUUCGUGCGCUGGAUCGUCUGCAGGAGGUGCCACAUGAGGUACAUAAGUUCAGUUACAGAUCGCAUCCACGCUACUAGCGGUGUCUAGUAGAU